UGCGCAAGCGCAUAGAGGAGCAGCAGCAACGCUUGUGUUUGCAGGGUGAAAAUGGCCGACAUGGAGAUGGAGGUAGACGGAAAAAGCGUGGACAGCGGCAAAGAGCAGGAAGGAGAAGAUGCAGAGAGCUCUGAGAAAAGUGGAAAUGAAGAGAAUGGAGAGAUAUCGGGGGAUGGAAAAGCUAAGUCCAAACCCAGCAAACACAAGAAGAAGAAACACAAACACAGGAGUAAACACAAGAAACACAAACACUCCUCUGAAGAGGAGAAGGACAGAAAGCAUAAGCACAAGCAUAAACAUAAGAAACACAAGCGCAAAGAGACAGCUGAUGCCAACAAACAAGAUGGCACCCCUUCCAAACCACCCAAGUUUGAUGACAUGGCAGUCUUGGAAGAUCUGGAGAAACAGAGGGCAAUGAUAAAAGCAGAGCUAGAUAAUGAACUGAUUGAAGGGAAGGUCAAGUCAGGAAUGGGUUUAAUAUUGCAGGGUUAUAACUCUGGUUCAGAGGAGGAUGGUGAGAAUCAGGACAGGAUGAGAAAUGGCGAACGAGACCCUUCCCAUGCUUUGGCCCUCAAAGGCCAGGGCUUGCAGCUUGUUAAGGAUUCCAAAGCUAAAAAAGAUCCUGUAGACAGCAAAUCAAGCUCAAAGAGGAGAAGCAGGAGUAAGUCCAAAGACAGGACAAAGCAUAAAUCUAAUAAAAAGAAGAAUAAGGGUAGCACCAGUGAAGGAGGGAUAAAGGAGAAGACAAAAGCACGGAGCAGAUCAAAAGAAAGGAAACACUCGAAAAGCCCUGCAAGGAGAAGGCGGUCCAAAGAGUGGACAAAAAAGUCCAAGUCCCCGACAUCCAAGAGGCGUUCUUCACUAGAGCAGGCUAAGAAAUCGACAUCCCCAACCACAACCGAAACAGAAAAGAGCAGAGCAAAGGAAAGGAAGAAGUCGCCACCUGUCAAUGAGAGCAAAAGCAGGGAGCGAAGCCGGAAAUCCAAGUCUCCCCCGGCAGAGAGGAGGAGCAAAUCACGGGAACGGAAGUCCAGGUCCAAGGAGAGGAAGUCUAGAAGGUCAGAGACUGAGAGAGACAAGAAGCCUGCUAAGUCUCCUUCAAAGGAUGCCUCUUCAGGAAAGGAAAAUCGGUCCCCUAGCAGGAAACGUGGACACAGCCCUCAACGAAGCAGCUCUUCCCCAAAACAGAGAGAUAGGACAUCCAAGCGCAGCAGGUCACCCCCUUCUGCCACUGCAGUAACAGAUAGGAAGUCUCCCUCCCGAAAUACAUCUCCCUCUAGAAGGGCAAAGAGCAGAUCACCUGAUCGGAGGCGGCGAGAAUUAGAUCGACAGAGACCUUCUCCAGUCAGAAUGAGACAACGUGGCAGAUCGAGGGAUGCAAGCCCACUCCCCCCCAGGAGACGGCUUAGUAGGUCCCCGUUGAGGAGGCGGUCCCCACGCAGGAGGAGCAGAUCUCCUUUCAGGAGGAGAUCUUUAGAUCGAGACAGAAUGAUGAGGAGAAGCCGAUCUAGACUGCGGCGGAGGUCAAGGUCCAGGGAUAGACGCCAGAGGCACAGCAGAGAUCAGGACAAGUUUAAAGGCAGCCUUUCUGAAGGGAUGAAAAUCGAUCAGGAAUCCUCUGAUGAAGUCUUGGAAGAUUAUGAUGUAGAUGAUGAGGAUGAGGAAGCCCUUAUUGAACAAAGACGGUUGCAGAGACUAGCUAUUGUUCAGAAAUACAAGUCUAUGAAUGAAGACAGCAACAUGUCUGUACCAUCUGAGCCCAGCAGUCCCCAGAGCAGCUCCCGCAGUCGCUCACCCUCUCCUGAUGAUAUUUUAGAAAGGGUGGCUGCAGACGUGAAGGAAUAUGAGAGGGAGAAUAUGGACACCUUUGAAGCUAAUGUGAAAGCCAAGCACAGCCUGAUUGCUGUUGAAAAAGAUGGUUCAAAUCCAAAAAAGCCCUUAGCUCCAGAUAUGUUUACAGAAUCUGACGACAUGUUUGCAGCAUAUUUUGACAGCGCCAGACUUCGAGCUGCUGGCAUUGGCAAGGAUUUCAAGGAAAACCCCAACCUCAGGGACAACUGGACUGACGCAGAGGGCUACUAUCGUGUGAAUAUUGGAGAGGUUUUGGACAAGCGAUACACUGUCUAUGGCUAUACAGGUCAGGGCGUCUUCAGUAACGUGGUGCGAGCCAGAGAUAUGGCCAGAGCCAGCCAGGAGGUGGCCGUUAAAAUUAUUAGGAACAAUGAGCUCAUGCAGAAAGCAGGACUGAAAGAACUGGAGUUCUUAAAGAAACUCAACGAUGCUGAUCCAGAUGACAAGUUUCAUUGCUUACGGCUUUUCAGGCAUUUCUACCACAAGCAGCAUCUCUGUUUGGUGUUUGAGCCACUCAGCAUGAAUUUGCGUGAGGUUUUGAAGAAGUAUGGCAAAGAUGUGGGUCUCCAUAUAAAAGCAGUCCGAUCCUAUAGCCAGCAGCUUUUCCUGGCUCUGAAACUUCUUAAAAGGUGUAAUAUCCUGCAUGCUGAUAUCAAACCUGACAACAUCCUGGUUAAUGAAUCAAAGACAAUUCUUAAAUUGUGUGACUUUGGUUCGGCUUCACAUGUUGCAGACAAUGACAUCACCCCAUACCUUGUCAGUCGAUUCUACCGAGCACCUGAAAUUAUCAUUGGAAAGCCUUAUGACUAUGGGUUAGACAUGUGGUCAGUGGGCUGCACACUUUAUGAACUCUACACAGGAAAGAUCCUGUUUCCUGGCAAAACGAACAACCAUAUGGUGAAACUUGCAAUGGACCUUAAGGGCAAAAUGCCAAAUAAGAUGAUUAGAAAAGGCUUGUUCAAGGACCAGCACUUUGAUCAGAAUUUGAACUUCUUGUAUAUUGAAGUAGAUAAAGUCACUGAAAGGGAGAAAGUUACAGUGAUGAGCACCAUUAAUCCUACCAAGGACCUGUUAACUGACAUGGUGGGAUGUCAACGCUUGCCUGAAGAUCAGCGCAAAAAAGUCAUUCAGGUCAAGGACUUGCUUGAUCAAAUUCUGAUGCUGGACCCAGCCAAGAGGAUCAGCAUCAAUCAGGCACUGCAGCACCCCUUUAUCCAGGAGAAAAUCUAACCACAUUUACGUAACGGUUUUAAGUAAAAAAUAAAUCAACAAAUAAGUACAAAGACUGAAGGAUUUAUUUUUAAGUUGUGACAUUUUUUCACCCACAUUUAAUACAGUAUAUUUUAUUUUUCUGAAGUACAACUAAAGUAGGGCUCCAAGAAUUUAAGGAGACCUGCUAGAUAUUCAGUAUCUACUCCAAAUAUUGGCAGUUGGGUACCACCCGAUUGCCCUGCACGGUUUCUUUCCAGCUGUUUCCCACUCAUGUUUGUUGUCAUCAAAAGCUGACCUAGAGUUGUAAAAUAUUCUUAUUAAAAAGCUCAAUCUUGGAUCCCUGCAGGUAUACUUUUGCUGAUGAAUGAUUUCGUUACUGUAAAUUGAUUUGUGCGAUUUAUAUAAAGCUGUAUUGUAGUUGCCAAGGCUGCACAGAAAAAUGAACUUUCUAUGGUUGUACAAGACAGUUUUUACAUGCAUAUUUGUUUAUACAACACAUCUCGUUUUUUUAUUUUAUAUAAAUGUAUGUGCAGAUUUGGCAACGUUGCUUUCUGUAACAUGGCCAGCGUAAAUGCUGUUUAUAUUCACAUCUUCCUAGGUGUAUGUGUGCAGGCCACAGCAGCAUGCCCUUGGUGUAGUUCUGUGCUGAAGGGGGUCUGUUCUACUUGAGCCUGCCAGCAGGAUGGUCUCCUCUUUUAAAGCAGGUUGUGUACCACUUUCAGUACACUGAAGGUAAGCUUAAACCAUCAACUUCACUGGUGUUUUACACAUUACACUGGCAGUUACUAAAAAGGAGGUUUGGCUUUAAGGCAGCUUGCCCCAUGCAUGAUUCUAAUUGAACACCUUUUAAGUUUUGUUCGAUUUAUGAUUUCAGAAGAAUUUGUUAUCUGUAGUUUAAUAAAACAAGCAAGUAAAACCAUUAUUUUAAAAAUGGGGAGGACCUUGAUGGACAGCAACACCUUCAGUGUACUCUUUCUUAUUACUUUAUAAAGUUUAAAAUCUUUAUAAAACUUCACAUUUAAAAAAAAAAAUAAAUGUAAUUUAUAUAUAAAUCCGUUCUUAAAUGUUUUAUUUAGUAACUGCAUGUUAGGGCGAAACGGAGAAUAUCUUUGUCUGUUUUUAAUUUUUAUUUUAUUUUUUUUAAACAACUUUGAUUUCAUUUAAGUUGUGCACUGUUCUUUUAGAAAGCCUCAUUUAUGUAAUUGACAUUGCUUUUGUUAUUUGUGAUUGUCAUUCAAUAGACAUAAAGCUUCAAAUAUUGAGCAAAGCAGCUGUUUUUUUUAAGCAGUAAUUGCUGCUUUGUUUUUUGUACAUUUUAAACUUUUGGGGGUUUUAGAAUAAGAACCUCACCUGUAGAAUGUUACCUAAUCAAAUUUGUCUUUGCUUAUUGUAAACUCAGUAGGCUUUCCCUGCAUGUAAAGUGGACCAUGCAGAUUACUGUACCUUUUCAGUAUGCAUCAUUAAACAUCAUAAAAUAAAGUCUCUUUUUGUGGAAAAACGUGGUUGCAGACAUUUAAGAUAUUUUCUUUGCUGUGAUAACGUAUAUCCAAUGACCUGGCAAAUAUUUGUAUUUGGUAGGGUUAGAGUCUUAAUAUAAUAGCUGUAUUUUUGCCACCUUUUAUCCAAUCUACUAAAUAUUUAGAAUUUCAGAAAUUGAAGGUUCUGCUUAUCGUAAUGGGGCAGAUGCUUUUUCUUUUUCUUGAAUGGUAGGUUAUAAGCACAUAUAAAUGGUGACAUAUCCCAUUGUUUUUUCCUUGUAAUCUAACUCAUAUUUGUGAUGUUUUUUCACUUUUCCCUUGGAUGGUGCUGAGAGAUUGAAAUCAAGUUAUGCUACUAUGUCUGGAGGCACAGUCUACGUCAUCCACUCCAUGGUUCUGCUUUGAAUGAGACAAGACCUUCACCUACUUAACAAGGUCAUUUCAGAUGGCAUGUGUAGAUAAACAUGUGGCAGCAAAUGAGUAGUACUAACAUUAUCAACGUGAUAAAUCCAUAUAGGUAAAUGUGAAAGUUAAAGAUCUGCAGCCUUUUCUUUCACCUAUAAACCGUAUAUGAUCCAGGAGGAGGAUCACAAGUUCUGUGUAUUCUAGAAUUAUAAAUACUACUUUUUCUUUUCCGAGAUGCUGGUAUUUUACAGCAAAAUCCAAGGUCAUCAAGGUGGUGGGGGGUGGGGGGGGUGGACUGGUUAUUUUGCUGUCCGAUUUUACCACCAAGAUGCCUCCUCAUAUAGAGUGCACCUUUUGUUCAUCUAAUCCUUUCCCUCCUUAGGAACAUUAAAUAAGAGUGGGAGGAAUAAAAUUGGGUUAUUCCUGGCUGGAACAUGGACAUUAAUUUCCGCCAUAUACUACAACCUCAGUUGUACAUUGUGUAGAAAGAAGAUUAGUCUUUGCUGGAACACGGAAAUCCAUUUCAGAUAUACAGAGCUGUUUAAAAUGUUUACAUGUAAAUUAUGCUUUUUAUUAAACUUGUAGAUGAUUUCAAAUGGCAUAUAGCAGUUGCUAAAGUGAGCAUCUGAGUUUUUUGGGUGUUUUUUUGUCAAUUUCACUUUUUAGAGGCAUAUCAUUUAUUAUUUUUUAAAUUGGGUUACAGACUAGUUGAGAGAAGUAGUGGUACAUUGCACUGCAAUCAGUAGUUCAUUAUUGCCUAAUAGUUUGCUAACAAAAUAUAAUUAAAAUGAACCGUUUCAGUCCAAAUAUUUAACAUAGGAUGCAUCAAGAUGCUUGUUCAUGUGUUUUUUGUAUCGUAGGUGCAGUCCAAUGGACGACAACAAGAAAAAUCAAGACCUGAACAAAGGUUUCUGUCCUAGAAAGAGCGGUUUUAUUUAAAGGUAAGUGGCAAGAGAAAGCGGUAGCGGUCUUCAUGAACCAGUUACGGCCUUAAGGCAAGGCUCUUUGCUCAUCCUUAAAGAGACCAAAAAUCUACUGUUGGAAUUACAAUUACAAAAUGUGAUACACUAUGGAAUGCAUUAAAUGUCAAUAAAAUGUAUGUUUUUAAUGAAAAAACUGUUGAAUGGUAUGAAGAUGAAUUUCCUAAACCAGGCAAAGUACCAGUAAUUCAAAUGUCUUUAAAAGGAAAAUGGCACAGUGAAAUAACUGAACCAGAAUUUGAACUUGACAAACAAGACAAAAACAAAGCAUGCUUCUGAACGGGCUGUGAAUAUCUGACAAAACUGGCUUCAAAGCCUAUUACAUUUAAUUUACUUUCUAAGGACGAAAAUGGGAUUCUAUGCCAUUUCUGUAAGGAAUAAAGAUGGAGAACAAUACAGCAUAUCAAGCUUUAUAAGUGAAAGCUGGGAUAAAUUUCUUUUUGAAUGACCCACCGUCAAAAAAAAAAAAAAAAAAAAAAAUGAAUU